AACAGACUUUAUUCCAUACGCCUAGCGACGAAGCCCUUCAAUCGAUCAGCCACGAUCCCUAGCAGGAUUUGGGAACCGCCGUCCUGCAUCUUGCCGGCCGCCGUCAUUCUGCUUCUUAACCGCCGGCGAGCACGCGUACGUCGUCCCCGACGGCACUUCUAUCCCUCAAUCGUUCCCGUCUCACGUCCGCACACCAUCGGCGACCGGCUGAAGAGACGCAAGGCGCGGCGCCACCCAAGAGGGGUCCCGGGCCUUCACCGGCCCGCUGUCGGCCGCCCUCGGCCGCACCUGCCAGCGGCCUCGCGCUGGAGAACUAUCUGCCGGCGGCCAUGGAUGGCGACACACACUGGCGACACAGCCUGGGUGCCCGAAGGGAUGGAUUGUAGUUCAGCUACCAGAAUUGAUGUCCGGGUGUGUGCAUAUGCUGAAUUUUGUGAUAAUGGGACACAAGUAUGGCAUCCAACAAGAGAUGAACUGAAAGUUGUAGACAGGGAUUGUGCCAAUUUCAAAGAUUUCAGCGAAGAACUUGAUCAAGAAAUAAAACAUGGACCAAGUCAGAAGUUGUUAAUUACUUAUUGGGAUAAAGUUAGACAGUCUUUUGCAGAAAUCAACCAUGACACUUUGUUGUUGACUGCAAUAGACAUGUAUUGGGAUGAAAGGAGGCUUCCUAUUAGAAGAGAAGUACAAAAUCAAGAUAUCAAACUGGGUUGUCUUGGAUGGAAAAGAAAUGGCUCUAAAGAAGCUCCAAGGCGAUUGGGAUUCUAGCUUUGAGGAUGCUUUCAGCUUCAAAGCUGAGCUGGAGAGGACAAAUCCAGGAAGCAUAGUGGACAUUCAGUUUGAGAAGGAUGCAGAGGGCAAACAAAGGUUCACUAGGAUGUUUGUUGCCCUGCGUGCAUGUGUUGAUGGGUUUUUGUAUGGUUGCAGACCAUUUGUAGGGGUGGACUCAACAGCAUUAACUGGAAAGUGGAAAGGACAACUUGCAUCUGCCAUUGCUAUUGAUGGAAACCAUUGGAUGUUUCCAGUAGCAUACGGUGUAUUUGGUUAAGAGACGGCUGAUAAUUGGACAUGGUUUUUUGACAGGCUGCACAUGGCUAUUGGGUCACCCCCUGGAUUAGUUAUAUCCACUGACGCGGGUAAAGGUAUAGAUGCUGCUGUCACCCAAGUUUUCACAAAUGGAGUGGAGCAUAGAGAGUGCAUGCGGCACUUAGUCAAGAACUUCAUGAAAAAAUUCCGUGGUGAUGUCUUCCUCAAGCACUUGUGGCCAGCUUGUAGAGCGUAUAGAGUUCUUCGGUUUGAGCAGCAUUACAAUCCUAUGCUUGAAGCAUCUCCUGAAGCCAUGCAGCGGCUGGAGGACAACCACAAGCACCUAUGGAAAAGGUAUCAAUUCUCGGAAACUAGCAAAGUAGAUUAUGUCACCAAUAAUAUUGCCGAAUCCUUCAAUAGUUGGAUUAGAACAGAAAAGUCUCUUCCAGUCAUUCCUCUUUUUGAUAAAAUAAGGCAGAUGAUAAUGGAGAAAAUGGACUUGCGAAGAAGAAUUGCUUAUAAACUUUGUGGGAAAAUUCUUCCUCGUGUUGUCAAAGAAGUAAAUGCUAAGAGCCGAGGACUGCCAUACGUCCACACAUUUUCUAACAAAGAUCAUGACAAUGUUGCACUUUUAGCUGAGGUUCAAGGUGUUGCUAAGGACCUGCAACCAUGGAGGCAUGCAUUGGAUCUCACAAAUAGAACAUGCACAUGUAGGCAGUGGCAAAUAAUUGGUUUGCCUUGCUAUCAUGCUCUACAUGUUAUCACUAGCAUGAGAAAUCCCAAGAUGGAAGAUUACAUCCACGACUACUACUCAGUUAACAAGUUCAAAAAAGCAUAUGAAAACUGGGUGGGGCCAAUGACAGAUAGGCAGCAGUGGCCGAAGGUAGACCCUGGCUUUAAACUUUGGCCCCCUAUUCUAAAACGUGCAGCUGGGAGGCCAAGGACAAGAAGUUAUAAAGGAUGGGAAGAAGGAGGAAAGGGACGCAGAAUGGUCACAUGUAAACGCUGCCAUCAAAAGGGCCACAUGAAGAAAACUUGCAAUGAGACUGUGCUUGAUCCUAAUGCACCUCCACCUGCACCACCUAAGCCGAAGAGAGUAAGGAACAGGAGCAAGAAAGCAGUUGAAGUUCAACCACAGUCUAAACAGAUUGAAGCACCAUCUACACGCGUCGAAGCAUCAUCUCUUCAGACUACACCCUCGAAGGCCCAGGCUCCAUCCAUGGAUAUUAGUAGCCCAAUGACAAGAAGCCGCACGCGCCAAUUAGAUCUUGAUUAUGCGGCUAUACAGGGAAUGUCCACACCAACAAAACAACUUCCUUGUAGCUCUAUGACAAGAAGGUAAUCAAAUAUGCAAGUUCUUUUGCAAUAUUACAUGAUGUUUGUUUUCCAAUGUGAUUUAGAUGUGUGUGAUUAUGUUCUGGAUUGGGACUAAAUGUUGGGCAAAUUGUUUUUGCAUCCGAUUGAUACGUACAGACUAACGACACAGAAAAAGCCUGUUUUUUGGCAUUAGAAACUCAUUCCUACGGACUAACAGGGCCCUGAAAAAAACCGUUCAAGCUAAAAACGGUUGGUCCAAAAUUUUGACAACCAAAAAAAAACCGAUCUAAACCGGACGGUGGAUGGUUCUCCUAAGCAGAUAAUUCAAACUUUCCGUUUUGGGUCACAUAGUGUGUUCUAGCAAACGUACCGUGAAAUUAUAAUGGUACUGGGCAAAGACACGUUUUAACGGUGUGUUUUGGAGAAGACCAAAAAAUAACAGUGUCCGCCAGCAAAUUUUCCCUUUCUAAAAUGAGUUUUAAACGUAUAUUUUAAUGUGUUAUAAUAUUUAAGAAAAAAUAUUGCACGUACAAUUCAACGUUUCUAUGUGCUGCAAAGUCAUUUCACAAAAUAGCUGAUAUUCUUUGUGUCAUGUAUAAAAAAAUAAAAUUUGGUGCGUAAAAAUAGCUCUUAUUAAGACAUUUGUUUCUCUUUUUAUACAGAACACAAAAAAUGCAAUUUUUCCAUGAAAAUUGAAGUUGGUUCCUAAAAUCUCAAUUUUUUUAAAAAAAAUAGCUCUUAUAAAUCACGACAUAAAGGGUUCAUAAAAAAAAGCUGGCCUGCUGGGGCGUCGUGUAAAAAAAAUGGCUCGUAUGGUAUUACUUCAUCCGUUCUUAAAUAUAAGCCUUUUAAAAGUGAUGUGGGUAUUACCCUUCGGGUAACCAAUGUUAUGUUACCUCCUAGGCCCACCAAGGGCCCAUGAAGAUCAUCCACCGACUAAGGUGGGCCGAUACGUCGGUUCCGAAGAAAGAUUCUUGAUGAACAAGGCAAGAAGAUGAAGUAUAAGGAAAGUUUAGACAUAGAAUUCUUUGCAAACUAGUCGAACCCGGACAGAACGCUUGGAACCUGGCCUGCAAUAUAAGGACCAGGAGAGGGUGUGCCGAGGGACACACAAUCACCACAGCCAGAUUCACCGCAAGUCUAGAGCUAGAUCAUUAGAAAUCUUAGCCUCUCGACGAGAUCUUAGUCUUAGCCUUCGGCUACCCCAUUGUAAACCCGAUAAUUUCGAUAAUCAAGAUCAGACAAGCAGGAAGUAAGGAUUUUACCUCAUCGAGGGCCCCGGACCUGGGUAAAUCUCUCUCCCUGUCAGUUUGGUAUCUGAUGUCUGGUGUUAGCCUGCAGGAUUCCGUCAAACCUAAGCCCCAAAAGAUGGGCAUUGCCGAGGAGCACCCUCGUCAAUUGGCACCGUCCGUGGGAAGGUUGUCGGUACAAGGCAUGUCAUCGGCAGCUCCGGUCACAUCAGCAACAUUCGUGCUGACCUCACCAACACCUUCAAGCCCAAAAAAUUCGGUUUGUUGCGGGUCCUUCGAGUUCACUCCACGCGCUGAAGCAUCACAUCCGAUUCCUUUGGAGUUGCGUCGCAAUAUGGAUACAACCUUCGGCGGUGUCCACUUCAUCGUUGAUCCCGGAGGGUUCCUUCGACUUCCAAAUUCGAUUACAUCAAGCUUAAGGACUUCGGCUCCAGAAAUCAUUGUCCCACCGAUAGCCUUAGUGGGCUUGCCUGGGAACAGCAACGGGAGCAGCCCAAGGAAUUUUGGUAGCAGCGACCUCAAUGUUGACCCCAAAGUCAAACCUGUACAGCAUACGUUACGUCGUUUCUCAGAACCAAAAAUAAAAGCUAUUGGCGAAGAAGUUAAUCGGCUCCGUGAUACGUCUCCAACGCAUCUAUAAUAUCUGAUGUUCCAUGCUUGUUUUAUGACAAUACCUACAUGUUUUGUUCACACUUUAUAUCGUUUUGAUGCAUUUUCCGGAACUAACCUAUUGACGAGAUGCCGAAGGGCCAGUUGCUGUUUUUGGUUUCAGAAAUCCUACAAAGGAAAUAUUCUCGGAAUCGGACGAAAUCAAUGCACAACAUCUUAUUUUUCCCGGAACCUUCCAGAAAGUCAAAGGGGGACCAGAGGGGAGCCCUGGGGGCCCCACACGUGUGGGCGGCGCGGCCCAGGGGGGCGCGCCCCCCUAGUGUGAGGAUGCCCCGUGGCCCCUCCGACUCCGCCUCUUCGCCUAUAAGAUGCCUCCUGACCUAAAACAUCGAGACGGAUUGACGAAACACCAGAAAACCUUCCAGAGUCAGUUUACCUACUUCUUUCUAUCUUAGAAGCAAACACUUGUGUAAACUGUGUGCAUUGAUUCUUACAUGUUUACCUAUUGCACUUGUUAUAUUGCUUUAUGUUGACAACUAUCCAUGAGAUAUACAUGUUACAAGUUGAAA